GGCAGUUCAACUUCGCCACGCACUUCCUCGCCUACCUUGUGAGAACACCGUCCUUCGAGGCAUUUGUUGCCCUGCCUGUUGGCGGCUUCGUUGUCCUGCUGCGAAGGAUACGUCCUCGAAUUGAAUCGACAAAGAAAGAAAAAGGAGCGGAGGGUGACGUGAUCAUGAAGGUGCUCGCCAGCUUCAGCGGCUCAACAUUCGGCAGCAAAGCGGAAGGAAAGCCCACAGCCGCAGAUGGCUCCGCAGAGGCGGCGGAUGAACAAUACAAGGAGGCAAUGCGGCAGCACAAGAAGGCCAUGGAAAAGCUUCGGAGCUGCGCGGACAGCCUCACCAAGGCGCUGGCAGGUCUAGCGAAGUCCUUCCAACGUUUUGCGGCAGAAACGCGCGCCCCCGUCGUCAUCCAAGCCAGCGGGGCCCUCGUGCGGGGGGUAGAGGAGGUGCGCGACGGGACGGUACUCGAUGCGCUGCGGCAGCAAAUCAGCAUGUCGCUCUCCUCUCGUUUUCGGACGACUGCGCUCGAGCACGCGGAGUUGGAGGGCAGCCGGAAACGGAAGACAAAGGCGGGCAGAGCGCUCGCCGAGGCGCGGAGUCAAUGCGCAAAGCUACGCCUGAGAAAAGACGGGGAUGAGAGGUGCGAGAUGAUCUACCUGGCUGCGGCGCAGAGGUGCGACGAGCAGGAGAUCGAGUGCAGUCGUCUGACGGCAGAGUUGGAAGAUGCACGGUGCGAGUUCACCCAGAAUUUGGGUCUGCGUGUGUACGAAGACAUGACGCUUGUGACGACGAAGCUGCACGAACUGCUCUCUUCGCUUUCUUAUCAGUAUCGCAAGUGUGAGGAGCAUCUGAAGGCACACCCCGUGCCGGGGUUCGUAGACGUGGCGGCGUUAAAGCGAAACGAGAAGGAGCACUAG